UAAACCCUACGGCGUGGCCCUGUCAGGCUUCUCUCUGGUUUUGCUAUAUUUCAUCGAAACCAAUAAAAAUGAAGGACAUUUCUGUCCAGACUCUUACCACAGGUUACUUACCAUCUAGUUGACACUGCGCAUCCGUCAGAUGUUUCACCUUGCAUCUUGUAUCACCACCGGUCUCACGCAGCGCCGGCAGCACAAGUAGGACUCGUAUUCAAACGCGAAUUUAAUUUUGCCGCAAGAAAGAAGAAAAAAAAGGAGGAAGAAAAGGAAGAAGAAGCCGUUACCGUAUUUCUAAGAGCUGCAUUGUAGCUGUUCACAUCCUCGAAGGCAUUGAACGUCCACGGAAGAUAUUUACAGCGCGAGGGAUGCAUUCUCUAAGGAGAUUGUCCACUUCGUUUAGUUGUACAUUGAGAAACAACUUGCGACGGACCCUAACCUCCCAGCCUGCUACGAACGCGAGUGUCGACAAAGAAAAAACGAUAUUGGUGAAGCAGACUGGUAAGGUGACUACGAUCGGUAUCAACCGACCAGAAAAGAGAAACUGCCUAGACGUGGCGACCGCGCAUCUGCUGUCGGAGGCGCUGGACGAAUUCGAGAACAACGAGGAGUCGUUGGUUGGAGUGCUGUACGGGGUGGGAGGUAAUUUCUGUGCCGGUUACGAUCUCAAAGAGAUCGCGGACUACAAUGGCGAAAACGAGGAUAGCAUACCACAUUUUGGACCACUGGCGAACAGAACUGAAUUGUCCAAGAAGCCGUUGGUCGCAGCUUUGAGCGGGUAUGCGGUCGGAAUAGGAUUCGAGCUUGCUCUGAUGUGCGACUUGAGGGUCAUGGAGGAUACGGCAACGGUGGGCUUCUUAAAUCGACGUUUCGGCAUUCCAAUUUUAUGUGGGGGCACUGUUCGUCUACCUGCCAUAAUUGGAUACUCCAGAGCUAUGGAUCUGAUACUAACAGGAAGGGCAGUUACGGCACAGGAAGCGUUCAAUUGGGGAAUCGCGCAAAGAUACACCAGUUGUGGUUCGGCUCUGGGUACAGCGAUGAACUUGGCGACCUCUCUUGUAAAAUUCCCACAGAAGAGCUUGCUGGCGGAUCGCACUUCGGCAUAUUUUGCCAUGUUCUCGCCAAAAAAUAUGGAGGAGGCGUUGCUAUUUGAGAAGGAUAACUCUUCGCACUUGAUAUUUGAAGAAGGUGUUCCAGGCGCCAAGAAAUUCAUCGAACGUGGAAUCGGAAGGCACGGGAAGUUUUAUGAUAUCACGGCGAAGGAUAACAGCAUUCGAGAAUUAGAUGAAAAUUUACUAUAAGAACUAACACAUAGAUAUAUAUGUAUAUAUAAUGUACGCAAUGUUCUUUUAGUACAACUUUAAAAUAAGCAACUAUAUUUCUUAAUUUUCAUAAUAUAUUUCUGUCAGUGCGACAUAUUGUAUAUAUUAAAAAUGUCAUUUAAUAUAUCAAGUGUGUCUAUUGUGGAUUUAUUUUAUGGAUUCGUACAUAUUUUACACUACAGCUGUAAUUGUAAAGUAAUAUUCUUUAUUUAUUAUGCGUUAUUCUUUUUGAGCGCAGACUUAAUAGUUUUUCGCAAUGGUCUUUGGAUCUUGGAUAGCAUGUCGCAAUAUUUUUUGGCUGCCUUGGUAGUAAGAAGCGGUGUAAGAUUUGUCAUUUGCCCGCUCUCAUCCCCUGAAAAAGAUUUUCUGUAAUUCUAAUUUAUUAAAUAAUUGUCACGUCAUUAUUUACGUUCAAAGGUGACAAUAAAGUAUGCUAUAUCUGAUUGAAGAAUA